AUGGCAUUUACCCCACAGGAAGAGAAACCCGCCGAAAAAGAGGAUGGGACAAAGAAAGACAGUGAGGCCAAGCCCCCUGAGCCUGGUCCUGCUCCAAGUCCUGCCCCUGCUCCCCAGGCCCCUGCACCUGAACCCCCAAAGCCUGCAGAGAAACCAGCCGACCCCCAAAACAAAGAGCCAGGCACUGCUGAAGGCCAGGAGGAUGCCCCUCCUCCCCCUCCUCCCGUCGUGAUAAACCACUACUCAGACGAUCAGCUGAGGAAGAUUGUCAAGAGCAUGAGGGAGAGGACCAACAUGUACAGGGAGAAGGUCAUCGACCCCUAUGCCUCCUCGCCAGAACACAGCCCACCUGUCACUCCAGUGUUGAGAAAGUGUGAUUGGCUAAAGAAACAGGAGGCGGAGAGGAUCAAAAAAGAGGAGGAGGAGAGGAAAAAGAAGGAGGAGGAGGAGAGGAAAAAGAAGGAGGAGGAGGCCAAAAAGGCUGCGGAGAAAAAGGAGGAGAAGAAGGAGGAAAAGAAGGAGGAGAAAAAGAAAGAUGAGAAGAAAGACGGUGCGGAGGUGAAGACCGAUGGCUCUGUCUGCCCAACAAUCAGCUGCUCCUGCAUAGACAUCCUGCUUAGGCCACUGGAGGACAAGAUGGACCAAUACUUGGACAAAACCCUCGACCCCUUCACAGACCGAAGGUACAUCACCUGGCUGAGCGUCGUCACUCUGGCCUACAACUACAAUGCCUGGUUCAUUCCUGUCCGCAUGUCCUUCCCCUACCACACCGAGAGGAGCAUCCCUUUCUGGAUCAUCUUCGACAUCUUGGCAGACGUGAUAUACCUCCUCGACAUAAUCAUAUUCCAGCCCCGUCUGCAGUUUGUCAAGGGCGGGGACAUCAUUAAAGACAGGACCAUGACAAAGAAGAAUUAUAGGGACUCCCCAAAAUUCAAGAUGGAUCUGUUCACCGUCUUACCCCUCGACUUGCUGUGCUUCCAGUUCGGAUUAAAAUCUGUCUUCAGGGCCAAUCGCAUCCUGAGGGUUGACUCUUUCUUUGAGUUCAGUGACCGUCUCGAAAGUAUCAUGAGCAAGGCUUACAUUUGGAGAGUGACCCGCACCACCGGCUACCUGCUCUACAGCCUGCACCUCAAUGCCUGCAUCUACUACACGGCCUCUGACUACGAGGGGAUCGGCUCCACUAAGUGGGUGUACGACGGGCAGGGCAGCGCGUACCUGCGCUGCUACUAUUUUGCCGUGCGCACGCUUAUCACCAUCGGCGGCUUGCCUGAGCCCCACACUGUGUUUGAGAUCAUCUUUCAGCUGCUCAACUAUUUCACAGGUGUCUUUGUGUUCUCCAGCUUGAUUGGACAGAUGAGGGACGUUAUUGGAGCUGCUACUGCUGGACAGACAUAUUUCCGCACCUCCAUGGACAACACUGUGGCCUACAUGAACACAUACAAGAUCCCCAAGCUGGUGCAGCACAGGGUACGCACCUGGUACAACUACACCUGGGACUCGCAAGGCAUGCUGGAUGAAUCAGAACUUUUGGAGCAGAUGCCUCUUGUCAUGAGGACUGCCAUCGCCGUGGAUGUCAACCUCAGUACUUUCCAGAAGAUCGACCUCUUCAAGGGCUGUGAUAACCAGAUGCUUGUGGACAUGUUGCUGAGGCUGAAGUCCAUUGUGUAUUUACCUGGAGACUUUGUGUGCAAGAAGGGGGACAUCGGGAGGGAGAUGUACAUCAUCAAAGCUGGAGAGGUGCAGGUGAUAGGAGGCCCUGACAAUAAGAUCGUAUUUGUGACAUUGAAGGCUGGAUGCGUGUUUGGAGAAAUCAGUCUGCUUCAGUCCGCCAAGGAUGGGGGGAACAGGAGGACAGCCAAUGUGGCGGCCCACGGAUUCGCCAACCUCUUCGUCCUGGACAAGAAGGACCUCCAGGACAUCCUGGUGCACUACCCUGAGUCUCAGAAGGUGCUGGCCAGGAAGGGAAGGAAACUGAUGAAGGCCAAGGGCCCAGCUGCUGCAGCUGCGGAUGCGGAGAAGAAGAAAGGGCUGGCCCUGUUUGCCCCCCGACCCCCCACCCCAAAGAUGAUGCGUGCCUUCGGUGGCAUAACGAAGAUCAGGGCCAUGGCUGCCGAAAAAAAAAAGUAG